AAAGAAACAAAGCACAUGAAACAGAGAAAAAGAAAACCCCAAACUGUUUGAUGAUUCUUUUUCUGUACUAGCAUUCCUAAAUCUCUCUGUAAAUCGAAUCCCAUACUCAUCCAGCAUUCUUAUUUCGGAUUCUGCAUUCAAUACCAUAAAAAAAAGGAAUCGUUUUGAUUCAUCGUUCGGUUGGAUUUUCAGCAGCCUGAUUUCAUGAGUCGCACCUGCAGAUGUCGCCGGCGUUACUAGACCCCGGAGGUCCCAGCGGUCAGGUUUCUUUUUAUCCCUCAUUCAGUUUUUUUGGGUCUCAGUUAGUUUCUGAAUCUAAUCUACCGAAGGAGAAGAUGAAUCCAUCAUCCAACUUCGGUUCAGGAGGGGAUUUUAAUUUUGGGUUUUCAUAUUCAAACCAAAUGAACCCAAAUUGGGGCAUUAAUGCUUCGUCCGUCUCGCGAUCUUCGGCUCAGGUUAGGCCUAGGCUUGUGAAGAUCAGAAAGCAAUCCAAUUGCGAGAAAUUUGAAUCCAAUAGGAAUCCAGUAUCCCGUGAAGACCCGGGUGUCAACCCAUUUCGACCUGCUGUUGGGAAUUCAGCUGCAAAUUAUUCCGCUUUGGGAGGUUGUGGCUCCAUUUCUUGUGAAUUUGAAUUUGGAAAGGGUGGUAAUGAGCCAUUUGUGUUUCCAACAAGUAGCGCUGGUUUGGGUGCAAAUUCGAAUCCCCAGAGAUCAGCUUCAAGUGGGCAUUUAGGGAGAGGAGUUGUGGAGGGAAUGAGCAGUUUGAGAAUAAACACCAGCAAUGAGUGCCUGGGUAGUUUUAAGAAAAGUUCUAGUUUUGAAGAAGGGAUACUUUCUAAACUUCCAGAGGAUAUGAGGAAAUUGAACAUUGAUAGUUCUCAGAGUGAUACACUUAAGGAGAGUAAUGUGGGGAUGUUUGGGAAUGAGAAUGAUCAUUGUGUGGACUGUUCCAUUGGGAAGUGUUUGGAUAAUGAACUUCCUAUUGAUUUGAUGAAUAAGUUGAAUAUUAGAAGCACUGAGGGGGUUGAUGGCAGCAGUGUCAUACCUGAUGCUGAUGAUGGUAAGAAUUCUGUAUUUAAGGAUAGUGAAAAGGGCAUUCGUUCUUUUGCUGGAAGCUCCACACAUGCACUUCCCGAACAAAUGAAGAACUUGAACGUAAAAGAAGCUGACAAUGCUAAUAUUCCUGGUAAGAGUGAAGUCAAAAGUCUGAAGACCAAUCAUAAAGGUGGUUUUGUCUUUGGGGGCAGUAAAAGCACGGGUUAUCUUGCUGGGGAACAAGAAAAUAUAUUGUCCAAUGAGGUGGGGAGGAAGUUGAAUAUUGGAAGUGGAAUGGGAGAUUCUUCUGGUCGAGCAGAUAUUGGAUUAUCUUCUUCUCGAGUCUUUGAAAAAGAUAUCCAAACUGAGCAUUUUGAUGCUAAAAUGUCCAAUGAGUUCAGUAAAUCAGUUUCCACGGAAUUUACUUUUCAGGUGGCCCCUCAGGGUAACAAUACUGGUGGAAGUCAAGUGCCAAAUCCCACAGGCCAACCAAAAGAUGAAACCAAACCAAGUGGAUCUGGUGGGUCAACAUCUUCAUUUUCAUCUGGUGGCAUGCACUCCCAGGCAGAUUCAAACGUUUUUGGCAUGACUUAUGCUGCUGAUCCUGAAAGGAAGGUUGAUUUCAGUUUUACAACCAAUGAAGAUGACAAGGCACCAUCAUUUAUGGAAUUCAAAACUCCAGGCCCAAAGGCAAGCCCAUUCUCUGGCUUAAGUAAGAAGCUGGAAUUAAGUGCAAAAAGAGAAGCUGGGACAAGCGCAAAAGUUAAGAAAAGGAGGGGAAAGUCAAGGCAAUCUGUGCCAAUUCAACCGUGGGUCACACAAGAUUCUGUUUCAAGCUGUAAGCAAGAAGAUUCAGAGGUUUCUGAAUCUUAUCAACCAAUGGAUGUUUCACCAUAUCAGGAAACAUUAGCUGAUACUGGAUGUUCAAGAGAAACUUCCAUAGCAUCAGAUAAGUCAUUCAGUCUUGACGACAACUAUGCAUCCACGGACACACAGGCAGAAGUUCCUUCUGACACAAUAGAUGAAGAUUUGGUUGCUGCAACACAACGUAUGGAUAUAAAUGAUGGGGAGGUCAAAUGUAGGGAAACUAAUGAUGAAGGUUCUGGAGAUGUUUUAGAUAAAGGUGCUGGUACUGAAGGUCUUCCAGAGGACUCUGUUUCUGGGGCUGAGACUGAAAGCUUUAAAUCUGCAAAUGAGGAGAUAGACUUUAACCCUGAUAGUGCUAUAAAUUCAGCCGAAACCGAGGCCAGUUCAAGCUCAAACAUUGGGGGGCAAAAUAGUGAUGCCAAAAUGCAAUUCAUUUUCUCUUCUAGUUCUGAAAAUAAAAGUGGGCUGGACUUCUCAUUUGCUACAUCUUCUGCUUCUCAAGGUCAGCUAUCAGCAUCACGACAUCAUCAGAUAUCAGCGUCACGACGUCAUCAGAAAAAGAAGAAUUCGGCUAAAAUUGCUCAUGAUUCUAAUAAAUCCAGUCCAAAUGUUAGAAUUCCAUAUGCAUCACCCUCUGUACAACUUUCUUCAUACUCUGGAGCUUCAGUGUUUUUACCCUCCAUGCAGAACCAGAAAGAAUAUGUAUAUGUUUCUCACAGCAAAGCUGGAGAUAAUUCUGUGGUGAAUAAAGGACAAGAGAUCAAGCAUGAGCCUGACUUGACUUCUGCUGCAGCUGUUACAGCUCAGGAAGCGUGUGAGAAAUGGCGAUCAAGGGGAAACCAGGCUUAUACAAAUGGUGAUUUAUCCAAAGCUGAGGAUUGUUACACACAAGGUGUGAAUUGUGUCCCUAAAAGUGAGACAUCUAGGAGCUGCCUCCGGGCAUUGAUGCUGUGCUAUAGCAACCGAGCAGCUACACGUAUGUCCCUUGGGAGAAUUAGAGAUGCACUAGGAGACUGUAUGAUGGCUGCUGCAAUUGACCCUAACUUCAUCAAGGUUCAAAUUCGAGCUGCAAACUGUUGUCUUGCCCUUGGGGAAGUUGAAGAUGCAUCUAGAUAUUUCAGAAGGUGCUUACAAUCUGGCAGUGAUGUCUGUGUGGACCGAAAAAUUGCAGUGGAAGCCUCUGAGAGCCUACAGAAGGUGCAGAGAGUUUCUAACUGCAUGCGUCACUCUGAUGAACUGUUGCAGAGGAGAACAUCCGAUGAUGCAGAGAGUGCCUUGGAACUUAUUGCUGAGGCAUUGCAGAUAAGCUCGUAUUCUGAAAAGUUAUUUGAAAUGAAAGCAAAAGCUCUUUUCGUGCUGCACAAAUAUGAAGAGGUUAUCCAGCUGUGUGAGCAGACAUAUGAUUCUGCUGAAAAGAAUUCUCCUUCAUUAGAUGGACAGCUAGCAAAUCAGGAUGGUUCUGGAUUCUCAAAGGACUCUACCUUUAGAAUUUGGCGUUGUUGCCUGAUCUUCAAAUCUUACUUUCAGCUAGGAAGGCUGGAAGAUGCUAUCGCUUAUCUGGAGAAGCAAGAGGAACUGCAGUCUGUUACAGAAAGGAAUGGAAGCAACAGUCUAGAAUCAUCAAUACAUUUAGUUGCUACAGUGCGUGAGCUCUUACAACAUAAGGCUGCUGGAAAUGAAGCAUUUCAAUCAGGAAGAUAUGGAGAAGCUGUUGAACACUACACUGCUGCAUUGUCUUGCAACGUGGAGUCUCAACCCUUUGCGGCCAUUUGUUUCUGUAAUCGUGCUGCUGCAUAUAAAGCAUUGGGACAAAUAACCGAUGCCAUUGCCGAUUGCAGUCUAGCCAUAGCACUAGAUGGAAAUUAUUACAAGGCCAUUUCUAGACGAGCCACUUUGUAUGAGAUGAUUAGGGAUUAUGGACAAGCUGCUAAUGAUUUUCAGAGACUCAUUUCUCUUCUCACAAAGCAAACAGAGGAGAAGACCAAGCAAUUAGAAGGGCCUGAUAAAUCUAUGAAAUUGGCAAAUGAUCUAAGACAAGCUUGUGUGCAACUUGUUGAAAUAGAAGAAGAAGCCAGGAAGGAAGUUCCUCUGGAUAUGUAUCUCAUUUUGGGAGUUGAACCAUUUGUUUCAGCAUCUGAAAUCAAGAAGGCAUAUCGGAAAGCUGCCCUUAGACAUCAUCCUGACAAGGCUGUUCAAUCUUUGGGUAGAAGUGAGAGUGGAGAUGAUAGGCUCUGGAAGCAGAUAAAAGAAGAUGCAUACAAGGAAGCUGACAAACUGUUUAAAGUGAUUGGAGAGGCGUAUGCAGUACUUUCAGACCCUACCAAGCACUCACGAUAUGAUCUUGAAGAAGAAAUAAGGAAUGCACAGAAAAAACACACUGGAACCUCAUCUAGAGUACAUACAGAUGGUCAGAGUUAUUCAUCUGAUAGGACCGGUAGUAGACGUCCAUGGAGAGAGGUGUGGAGAUCUUAUGGCCACUCAUCCACUAAAGGAUCAGAAACCAGUCGAUCUGGCAGAUAUUUUUGAUGAUUGUGUGCAGCUUGUUUGAAGAUAAUUUUUCUGACAACUUAACAGAUUUGGGGUCUAGCAGAACAUGGAUUAGUUUCACCUGGCUAGACCUAAACAAACAGAUUGUUUACAGCACUUGCAUAUGGGAACUUACUCCAAGAAUUUUUCAAAAGUGGGAGCUCAAACCCAGAUGGAUAUCAUAUCAGGUACUUGAAAGUUUUGGUGAAAAUUGCAGUCAGUUAAUGCUGGACCUAAAGUGAUUUUUUGCUCAAGGGUUUCUCUGACAGUUUACACAUGGCUGCAAGCUUGGAGGAGAAUCCAAGGGUUUUUUCUCUUUGAAGCUCAUUUCCCAUCCCCCCCAACCAAAAAAAGAGAAAAAAACACUAACAGAGGAAAGUCUUAAACGUUGUGUACAGAUGUUGUUAACAUAACGAUCGGAGAGCUUAAAUGGCUCUGCAAUUUUCUGCUUUUAUCAGCUAAUGGGAAUAUGGAAGAGUGCUUUUUUUUACUUCGU